UUUAAAAGCUUUACCUGUGGAGUUCCCACCUGUCAGUACAUCAAGGAGGGGAAGGGAGGGGCCAGGUGUUAAUCCCAUGUAGGUGGGUGAAUAGAAAGGAGUAUAAAGGUGAGCUAUAGGUGGGCUGGCCGCCUGCUUGAAUGCCAGCCAGUGCAAUGUGGGUCUUGCUGUUCUUCCUGGGGGGCUGCCUGCACCAUUGGAGUCUUGCCCAGUUUUGGCCACCACCAUGGAAGGAGGGGCAAGCAGACACUGACCUUUGGGCAUCCACCCCGCGGCCGAGGGCCACCCCCCACGCUGUGAGGGUCACCUGUGAGCCUGACCGAGUGGUCGUUGCUGCCCACCGGGACCUCUUUGGGGUGGGCAGGCUGGUGGCCCCCGCUGACCUGGCCCUGGGGGUUGCCCGCUGCCGCCCAACGGCCUUUGACUCUGUGGCCAACAAGGUGGUCUUUGAGGCCGGCCUCCACGAAUGCGGCAGCACCGUCCAGAUGACUCCAGACUUGCUGAUCUACCGGACCAGCCUCUUCUAUACUCCGUCUCUGGCCCACAACCCCAUCAUCAUCAGGACCAAUGCGGCCGAGAUCCCCAUUGAGUGUCGCUACCCCAGGAAGGGCAACCUCACCAGCCGAGCCAUCAGGCCCACCUGGGCUCCGUUCCGGUCUACCAUAUCGGCCGAAGCAAGGUUGAGAUUUUCGUUACGUUUGAUGAAAGACGACUGGAGUGCGGAGAGGACCUCGACUCAUUUCCAGCUUGGAGAGACCCUGCGGCUUCAGGCUGACGUCCGCUCCGAAAACCACUUUCCCCUGAGGCUUUUUGUGGACAGCUGUGUGGCCGGAUCGAGCCCCGAAGCCACUUCAGCGGCUCGAUAUGCUGUUGUUGACUCUCAUGGGUGCCUAGUAGACGGGAGGCAGGAUUUGGUCUCCUCCGCCUUCCUCUCCCCUCGACCCCAGGAAGACUCUUUGCGCUUUACAGUGGAUGCUUUCAGAUUUUCCGGCGACCCUACCAAUCUGAUCUACAUCACAUGCCGCUUGAAAGUCACUCCUGCAGAGCAGGCGCCGGACGAAGUAAACAAAGCAUGCUCAUUCAGUGCAGAAACCAACAGCUGGCUCCCCGUGGAGGGCGCCCGGAGCAUCUGCCAUUGUUGUGAGAGUCAGAGCUGUGGCCGUGCUUUGGAGCUUCCGUCCCAUCGCUUGAACCCCAGGUUCGAAAUGAGUUGGCAAAGAAGCCUGCCAGUGGGGACGGACGCUAGCCACGCUCGACUGGUCCUGGGCCCGAUCCUCGUCUCCGAUGCCCACGAGAAGGUCCUUGCAGAAGAGGAAGAGGAGGAGGAAGGCGACAACGAGGUGGUCCUGGAAGGUAAAUAGGGCGAACGUGAACGGCGUGGGUGGUCUUCACAAGCUUCCCAGGAACUGUGACACUC